UCCGUUAGCACAGUCGCUAAUGUUGUUGCAACUCAUCAUCAACAUCUGAGAAUGUACCCAGCGGGCAUAUCUCUCUAAAAUGAAUCCCCCCGAGAUGCCAGACACUGGUCAGGAAUUAACACCAGCUCCCGGGGAAGCAGGGCACAAUCCUGACAGCCAGUCUGUCACUGGAUCAGAUGGGCUGGUUGGCAGGCGGCUCAGUGAGCCAGGCCGCUUUGCAUACGCUGGCUUGUGUGGCGUGUCCCUGGGCCAGUUGUUUCCAGGGUCCCAUCAGAGGGAUUUCCGGGAGCAGUUUCUGGAAGGCCUGGUGCGAUGGCUGGACCUGGACGAGUCGGUCAUGCCGGUCAUGGGUGCCUUCCUAUCGGGCCUGGGCUUCGAGGGGAGCGACACUUUCCUCUCCAUCUUGCAGGAAGAGCCACUGCUUAGCAUUGGAGCAGCCCCCAUCAUUCAGGACCUGGUGUCAUUUUCCGUGAAAGAUGGCCAAUAUGACUCCAGGGCACGAGUGCUGAUCCGCCAUGUUUGCUGCCUGCUCCGCGUCUCCACCGAGCAGCUGGAGGACUUUGAGGAGACCUUAGGAGAGAGGCUGAGGGAGAGUGGAGAAGAAAGCGAGGAGGAAUCGUCAAGGCGACAGAAGAAAGAGAGAGGGCGUAAAUUGCGGCGCUACCUGCUGAUUGGCUUAGCCACCGUCGGAGGAGGCACUGUGAUUGGUGUGACGGGUGGGCUGGCGGCCCCUCUGGUGGCUGCUGGUGCGGGGGCGGUGCUGGGCGCUGGAGGGGCGGCUGCGCUGGGCUCAGCCACAGGCAUCGCUAUCAUGGCCUCCCUGUUUGGUGCAGCCGGGGCCGGAUUAACUGGCUACAAAAUGAAUAAGCGUGUGGGAGCCAUUGAGGAGUUUGAGUUCCUGCCUCUGAGUCAUGGCAAGCAUCUCCGCGUGACCGUGGCCGUGACCGGCUGGCUAUGCAGUGGCAAAUACAGCUCGUUCCAGGCUCCCUGGUCCAGCCUGGGAGCGUGUGGCGAGCAGUACUGCCUGAUGUGGGAGUCUCGUUUCCUGCGUGACCUGGGCUCGGCCAUGGCCACCGUGGUGGACGGCCUGUUCAGCAUGGUAGCCCAGGAGGCACUCAAGUACACCGUGCUCUCAGGCAUCGUGACUGCCAUGACCUGGCCGGUGUCUCUGCUGGCUGUGGCGAGUGUGAUUGACAACCCGUGGAGCGUCUGCCUGAGCCGCUCGGCCGAGGUGGGCAAACACUUGGCACAGGUGCUACGGAGCCGGCAGCAGGGGAAACGUCCAGUGAACCUCAUUGGAUUCAGCCUGGGAGCCAGAGUCAUCUACUUCUGCUUGCAGGAGCUGGCUAACGAGCAAGGGGGCGAGGGUGUGGUGGAGGAUGUGGUGCUACUGGGGGCUCCCGUGGACGGCUCCGACAAGGCCUGGGAACGACUCUCCGGGGUGGUGGCCGGCAAGAUCGUCAACGGCUACUGCAGGGGCGACUGGCUGCUGGGCUUCCUCUACCGGAGCUCAUCGGUCCAGAUGUCUGUGGCCGGACUGCAGCCCAUUAGCCUGAGCGACCCGCGCAUCGUCAACGUGGACCUGUCAUCCGUGGUUAAGGGUCACCUGGACUACAUGGAGCAAAUGGAGACCAUCCUGGUGGCGGUGGGUGUUCCCACAAGAGAAGGCACAGGCAGAAUAACUGUGGGCAGUGGGCAGCCUUUGAUCAUGGGCGCUGUCGGUGCCGGUGUUGGUGCCCAUUCUGACACGGGUGCUAAUGCAUUAGGUUCAGAGGAGCUGCCUGAAGGCCCAAACAGCAUUGUCAACCAAGACGAGGAAGAGGAGGAGAGGAAGGCAAAGGUGGCUUCAGACGCUGGGUCCGUGUCUGAGAGAGUGUCUGGGGAAAAGAAGGACGACACGGAGGUGACUGAGGACGAGGGCUGGGACAUCCCGGACAUCUCUGACCUUCUGGACUCCCUCCCUGGAAAUCAGGAUGGCGAGACGGAGACUAAGACCAAGACCUCUCCAGAAGGGGACGAGGAUGGGGAUGACCCUUUGUCACGUCCUCAAACAGACAUGGUGUGCAAGGACAGCCUUUGUGAAGGGGAAAGCUCGCAUCAUGAGGAGGACACAGAGGAAGACGAAGACUCUGGACAGCAUUCUUGGAAUUGGGAUACCGCAAACUGGAACGCCGGUGAGGAUGGCAAAACACAAACUCAGCACUGGAAGUCAAGUGACAAGCAGAACCCUUUGUCGUGCCCUCAAUCAGAGAACGCGAUUCGUAUGGGCGGCUUGCGUGAAGGGGAGAGCUCACACUCUGAUGAGGAGACGGAGGACAAAGAUGAAGACUCUGAACAGAACUCUUGGGAUUGGGACACAACUAACUGGAACUAUGUACACAUAUGCACCAACGAGGAAGGCCAAACACAAACUCCGCACAGGAAAUCAUGUGACCAGCAGAACCCUUUGCAGUGUCCUCGCGUAGAAGGGGAAAGCUCUCACUCUGGUGGAGAGGACAAAGAGGACAAAGACGAAGACUCUGAGCAGAACUCUUGGGACUGGGAUACUACAAACUGGAAUUCCGCACACACGCACACCCACGAGGCAGGCACAAAAACACAAACUCAUCACAGGAAAUCAUGUGACAAGAUGGGUAAUGGGAAACCUGCCAGUUGUGUCUCCUCAACUGGGAAUGGACCCAACCACUCGCAUCAUCAUCAUCACUCAAGUACAGACAACAAAUUGAAGAAGACAUCUCCAGAUUCAAACGAAAGUGUUGAGUAAUUGAAGGACAAUAAUCCAUCCAUGUGUUUUUUUUUAUAAUCAUUUAAUUUAUUUCUGUGUACAAAAACAAUUGUCAUUGUCAACGGUACUGUAACAGUGUUUCAUGUUGUGUAGCUUAUAUUAAUUUUAAAAAACGGUCCUUGCCAUGUAAUGUGAAAAGUGAGGUCAGUCAGUCAGUAUUUAGAAGUCAGUGUUGUUGAUGCUGGAGCUUGUGCCAUUGGAAAGGAUGAGCCACUGGCGUAACACAAGUACUACAGGCCCCCCUGCAAGGCCCAUUUCUUCAAGUCAAGGGCCCAUGUGGGCCCCCCUGCCUUGCGGGGGCUGUGGGGGUAUACUUUAAGCCCCUGGGAUGAGCCCAUUUGGACAGGAUAGGAGAGUGUGAGUCACGUUGCCAGUGCUAAUUGCAGAUUGUCAAACCAUGGCUGAUCUGACUCGAGCUGCCCUUUUGGUGAACACAGUGGUGGUGAGUGCCUGUUUAUUUUUUCCCUGCUCUGACUCUGUGUGUACGUGUUUGUGUACGUGUGUGUGUGAGAGAGAGAGAGAGCGUGCGCACGCUUUUGUGUAUGUGUGUGUGUAUUUGUAUACUUGUGUGUGCAUACAUGCAUGCACUUACUGUGUGUUCGUGACCGUAGUGUUUGUAACAGUUGUUAUGGUAAUUCACAGUAAGGCAGCCUUACAGUGUGUAUUAAAAGCAAACCAUCUUGGCUCUGGAAGCUAG